AUGUCUUUACCUUUCUAUCAGAAGUUUCAUGAGCACUAUGACCGAAGCUACCGCAACAAGGACCUCCGUUCCACCAUGAGCCAGUACCAGCAGGAGAAGCAGCGCUCCGCCAUCUACACCCAUGGCUCCACGGCCUACAGCAGCCGCUCCUCGGCCGCCCACCGCCAGGAAUCCGCCUUCAGCCAGGCUUCUUCUGCCUCCUCCUCCUCCCAGCAGCUGAGUUCUCAGGCCUACAGCCUCGGAACCACAAAGUACUCACUUGGAUCUGAAGUCAGUCAGAAAGCAGCUUCAGCCUACGAUUAUGGAUAUUCCCACGGUCUUACAGAUUCCAGUCUGCUGCUGGAAGAUUAUUCAUCCAGCCUGAGCCCCAAAACAAAACGAGCCAAGAAGAGCCUCCUUUCUGGAGAUGAGAAGGAGAACCUGCCCGGCGACUACAUGGUGCCGAUCUUCUCAGGACGCCAAGUGCACGUCAGUGGGAUUACAGAUACAGAAGAAGAAAGAAUUAAAGAAGCAGCUGCGUAUAUAGCCCAGAGGAAUCUUCUUGCGAGUGAAGAAGCAACCACCACAUCCAAGAAAUCCAUGAUGUCCAAGCAGGCCAUGGCGUCCCAGCAGACCAUGGCAUCCCAGCAGUCUGCAUUUGAAUCUUCUCUCCUUCAGGAGGAGGCUUUUGAGAAGAAAUCAAGGAAAGUCGCAAUUCGAGAAAAGGCAGAACACUUGUCGCUGAGAAAAACAUUAGAAGAAACUGAGGCAUAUCAUAGAAAGCUGAAUGAAGAUAGUCUUCUUCAUGCCCCUGAAUUUAUCAUUAAGCCUCGUUCACACACUGUGUGGGAGAAGGAGAACGUGAAACUGCACUGCUCCGUAGCAGGCUGGCCAGAACCUCGCCUAACAUGGUAUAAAAACCAGGUUCCUAUAAAUGUCCACGCAAAUCCUGGGAAGUAUAUUAUUGAAAGUCGAUACGGAAUGCACACUCUGGAGAUUAAUGCAGAUCCUGAGGAUGUUGCUGUUACUCCUUAUGGUUAUGCAUCCAAGUUUGAGAUCCACUUUGAUGAGAAGUUUGAUGUGUCUUUUGGGAGAGAGGGAGAGACGAUGAGUCUAGGCUGCCGCGUAAUUAUCACUCCUGAAAUCAAGCAUUUCCAGCCGGAGAUCCAGUGGUUCAGAAAUGGAGAACCUGUUUCCCCAUCAAAAUGGGUGCAAACACAUUGGAGUGGAGAACGGGCAAUGCUGACAUUUUCUCACCUCAACAAGGAAGACGAAGGGCUUUAUACAAUUCGUGUGCGAAUGGGCGAAUAUUAUGAACAAUACAGUGCUUAUGUCUUUGUUCGAGAUGCUGAUGCAGAGAUUGAAGGGGCUCCAGCUUCUCCCUUGGAUGUGGUGAGCUUAGAUGCCAACAAAGAUUAUAUCAUCAUCUCUUGGAAACAGCCAGCUAUAGACGGAGGAAGUCCUAUUCUGGGAUACUUUAUUGAUAAGUGCGAGGUGGGCACAGACACCUGGUCCCAGUGCAACGACACGCCUGUCAAGUUCGCCCGUUUCCCUGUCACCGGGCUGAUAGAAGGACGCUCCUAUAUAUUUCGAGUCCGAGCUGUCAACAAGAAUGGAAUCAGUUUCCCAUCGCGAGUGUCAGAGCCCGUGGCAGCUCUGGAUCCGGCUGAAAAGGCUAGACUAAAAAGUCGCCCUUCUGCACCCUGGACUGGACAGAUCAUUGUCACGGAAGAGGAACCAACAGAGGGUAUAAUUCCAGGGCCUCCCACAGCCCUGUCUGUGACAGAAGCUACCCGGAACUACGUGGUGCUGAGCUGGAAGCCCCCAGGCCAGCGGGGUCAUGAGGGCAUCAUGUACUUUGUGGAAAAGUGUGAAGCAGAGACGCAAAACUGGCAGCGGGUGAACACCGAGCUGCCUGUGAAGUCCCCUCGCUUUGCCCUGUUCGAUCUGGCAGAAGGGAAAUCCUACAGCUUCCGCGUUCGCUGUGCUAAUUCUGCUGGAGUUGGGGAGCCCUCGGAGGCGACAGAGGUGACUGUGGUAGGGGACAAGCUUGACAUCCCCAAGCCCCCUGGCAGCAUCAUACCCAGCAGGAACACAGACACCUCGGUGGUCGUGACUUGGGAGGAGUCCAAGGAUGCGAAAGAGCUGGUGGGGUACUACAUCGAGUCCAGUGUUGUGGGCUCUGGCACGUGGAAGCCCUGUAACAACAACCCGGUCAAGGGCUCACGAUUUACUUGUCAUGGGUUAGUGACUGGUCAGAGUUACGUUUUCCGAGUCAGAGCCGUUAAUGCAGCUGGACUCAGUGACUAUUCACAGGACUCAGAAGCUAUAGAAGUGAAGGCUGCUAUUGGGGCAGCAGUGUCCCAAGAUGCGAGGCCUGAGCUGAGUGACACGCCCGGUGGACUAACUGACAUCCAGGGGGGCAUGCAUGAAGCCCCCCAGCCCACCUCUAAGAAAGAUGCUUUGCUUGGUAGCAAACUUAACAAAUGUGCACCGCCCAGUAGCUCUCACGAACUGGGCAAAACGGAAGUGAGUAAAGUAAGUGACACAGUUCAGGAAGAGGUUCCCCCAUCACCACCACAGAAAGCAGCUCCCAAGGGGAAAAGUAAGUCUGACCCACUGAAAAAGAAGAAGGAUCUAGCGGUGCCGUCUCCACCCUAUGAUAUCACCUGUCUUGAAAGUUUGCGUGAUUCAAUGGUCCUCGGAUGGAAGCAACCUGAUAAAACGGGAGGGGUUGACGUCACUGGCUAUUAUGUGAACUAUCGAGAGGUGAUUGGUGGAACUCCAGGAAAAUGGAGAGAAGCCAACAUCAAAGCUGUCAGUGAGCAGGCAUACAAGAUUAGUGAUUUGAAGGAAAACACUGUGUACCAGUUCCAAGUGGCAGCCAUGAACCUUGCUGGGCUAGGAGAAUUCUCAAAGGCGAGCGAAUCCUUCAAAUGUGAAGAGUGGACCAUUGCUGUGCCAGGGCCUCCACACAAUCUCAAGUACAGUGAAGUCAGGAAGACCUCCCUGGUCCUCCAGUGGAAGCCUCCAGUUUACUCAGGGCGGACCCCGGUGACUGGAUACUUUGUGGACUUGAAGGAAGCCAGUGCUAAAGAUGACCAGUGGCGAGGACUCAAUGAGGCAGCUAUCAAAAACAAGUACCUGAAGGUGCAGGGCCUCAAGGAGGGUGUCAGCUACGUUUUCCGCAUCCGUGCCAUAAACCAGGCUGGUGUUGGGAAGCCGUCUGACCUGGCUGGGCCUGUGGUGGCAGAGACUCGUCCAGGAACCAAAGAAGUUGUUGUAAAUGUGGAUGAUGAUGGAGUAAUUUCUUUGAACUUCGAAUGUGAUCAGAUGACUCCCAAUUCUGAGUUCACCUGGUCCAAGGAUUAUGUAUCAACGGAAGACUCUGCACGGUUAGAAGUUGAGAGCAAAGGCAACAAGACAAAAUUGACCUUCAAAGACCUUGGGGUGGAAGACUUGGGAAUUUAUUCCUGUGAUGUAACAGACACUGAUGGAAUUGCUUCAAGCUAUGUAAUUGAUGAAGAAGAAAUGAAACGUUUACUUGCUCUCAGCCAUGAACACAAAUUCCCAACUGUCCCGGUUAAAUCGGAACUGGCAGUUGAAAUAUUGGAGAAGGGGGAGGUCCGCUUUUGGAUGCAAGCUGAGAAGCUGUCGGGCAAUGCCAAAGUCAACUACGUAUUUAAUGAGAAGGAAAUUUUUGAAGGCCCGAAAUAUAAAAUGCAUAUUGACCGAAACACUGGUAUAAUUGAAAUGUUCAUGGAGAAGCUACAGGAUGAGGAUGAGGGAACAUAUACUUUCCAGCUUCAAGAUGGCAAAGCAACUGGCCAUUCUACUCUUGUUCUCAUUGGAGAUGUUUAUAAAAAGCUCCAAAAAGAAGCUGAAUUCCAGCGGCAAGAAUGGAUCAGAAAACAAGGUAAAAAAGAAAAAAAUGGCAGUGACAUCACUCACAUGACUGGGUGCCCAGUCAAGAGCCUCAAGCAGGAAGACAUGGCUCCCUGGGGUUGCCUCAGUUGUGAUGUGGUGUAUUUGUUCCCGUCUCAGUUUUCGAAGAAAGAUGCUGGCAUUUAUGAAGUGAUCCUGAAAGAUGACCGAGGGAAAGACAAGAGCAGACUGAAACUUGUGGAUGAAGCCUUUAAAGAACUGAUGACUGAAGUUUGCAGAACAAUCGCCAUGUCUGCCACUGACCUGAAGAUCCAGAGCACCGCCGAGGGCAUCCGGCUGUACUCCUUCGUCACCUAUUACCUGGAUGACUUGAAAGUCAACUGGUCCCACAAUGGGAGCGCCAUAAAGUACACAGAUAGGGUUAAGACUGGGGUCACAGGGGAGCAGAUCUGGCUGCAAAUCAACGAGCCCACCCCCAAUGACAAAGGCAAGUACGUCAUGGAGCUCUUCGAUGGCCAAACUGGACACCAUAAGACAGUGGAUCUUUCUGGACAAGCAUAUGAUGAAGCCUAUGCUGAAUUCCAGAGGUUGAAACAAGCUGCCAUUGCAGAGAAAAAUCGCGCCCGCGUGCUGGGUGGCCUCCCUGAUGUGGUCACCAUCCAGGAGGGUAAGGCCCUCAAUCUUACUUGCAAUGUGUGGGGCGACCCCACCCCGGAGAUCUCAUGGCUGAAGAACGAGAAGGCCCUGGAGUCCGAUGAUCACUGCAACCUGCGCUUCGAGGCGGGUAAGACAGCGUUCUUCACCAUCACGGGCGUGAGCAGCUCGGACUCCGGCAAGUACGGGCUGGUGGUGAAGAACAAGUAUGGCACCGAGACCAGUGACUUCACCGUCAGCGUGUUCAUCCCGGAGGAGGAGGCCCGGAAGGCGGCUGAGCCCCCCAAGGGGAACAAGAAGGCCAAGUGA